UUUGUGACGUUUUACACACAUCAAUUCAUUAAGUUCGAAAUUGUGACUAUUUUUCAUUCCUUUUCAGUAUAUUUUCACAAAAAUGUCGCAACAAGGAGCGGCUCUGCAGAGUUAUAACAACGAAUUAGUGAAAUGUAUAGAAGAUCUUUGUGGAAAGCGAGAUGAGUUACACAAACAAAUAUUGCAGGAGGAGGAAGAGAAGCAAAAGUUACAAAAUGACAUUCGCAUACUGACAGAAAGAUUAGCAAAAGUCAACGAGAGUCUAGCGAAGAAAAUGUCAUCACGGAAUGAAUUUGACAAGACAAUAGCUGAAACAGAGGCUGCUUAUAUGAAGAUUUUGGAAAGUUCACAGACUUUGCUGAAUGUGUUAAAACGCGAGUCGCAGAACCUGAGGGAAAAGCCAUUCAGCCAGCAAGGAGGAUCAUCGUUAGCAAGGGAAACUCACUCAUAAGAAUCACAAACUGAGCUUCGUAAAACCUGCUGUGAUAUUUCACCAUUGUGCUGUUCAUCUGUAUACAUUACAGUAGUAAUGGGGUCAUGAACAUCAUCGUUAGGAGCCAUUCUCCCAAAUUUCACCUGACAGGGGAAAUGUCAGAAAGGAUCUACCAAUCAAAUUUUCUUGUUAGUGUCUCCAUUUACGACAAGUAUUUAAUGAAAAAAGCUAUACAAUCAUUAUUGAGGCAACACAGAGUAUAUGGGGUACAGAGGGUGCUACUCUGUAAUUGCAUACUGUACUCUAUAAAGGAAACUGUUUUGUCACUCAACUGGAAGCUGGUGUAAUUGAUUUUGUUAACAGAUUAAUAUUCAGUGUAGGCAAAUAUAUGCAGAAUUUUUAACUGGCCACAGGGAGGAUGAUUUGGGGAAACGGAGUUGGAAUCCAUUUAUCUUUAAUAUAAAAAACAAAUUAGGGGGGAAAUAUGGACCUAAAAUGGUGAGGUACUCUUGGGGGGGAGGGGGGUAAGUUUUCCCGAUAUUUGUAUGUAUAUACAAUCCGUUCACCGUGUACUUAUUAGCAGAUAUGUCUUGAUGUUAGAUUUUGAAAAGUUCCCAUUUUUACUUUGUGACAAAAUGGGGGAAGAUCCAGGGCUUCUAGAAUGUUUAUAUAAUCCACUAGCCACGGGAUCAGUGAUUUUAAAAAUUUACUAGCCACGAUUAAAAAUUCACUAGCCCAACUUUAAGUUAAUACAAUUUUACUAAUUAAUAGUAAUAAUCAGAUAUGACACCUAAAGAAUGAGUUAGAGCUUAAAACCACUAACACUUGGUGGUGAUGGUGGGGGCAGAACAUAUAUAUUUACAAAAUAGACCUAACUGCAGCAUUUGACUCUUUUUUUAUUUAUUUUUAUUUCACUAGCCGUCAGGUAUGACAAUAGUAGUUAUUUACUAGCCCAACAUUGAAUAUCACUAGCCAUGGGAGUGGGGUUACCAUAAUCUAGAAGCCCUGGAAGAUCAUAUGUUAAAGUAUUAUAAUGUCUAAAAAUGCAUACAUGUACCUGUAUUAUGAAAAACAGACCUCAUAAUAAUUAAAUUCCUGUACAGUAAUAGUUCACUUAUUGUUUGAUUUAUUGUGGGUUUUUUCUUUUUUUACCUUGAUAAACAUUAGUCAGUUAUUGCCAUGUUUUUACUGAACUAUUGUUCAAAUGCACUUUCAUUUGAAUUUCCAAGUGGUUAGUAGGUUAUUGUGAGAGAGUAAUAUUAUCACAUUGUCACUACUGACAAUAAGCAGCUGAGGCACAUCAUCUUCACAGAUAGCAAAUAGUAAAUUUUGUUAGGAUCAUUUUUAUUAAGUAAACCUUCUUUUUUGUUUUAAAAUUAAAAGCUGUUGCAGGCAUUAACCCCUACUUGGAAAAAAAAUCUUGAUAAGUGUGAAUAUUUGUUUCUUUGUUUAUUCCUUUAUCAAAAUGCUUGAAGGAUCGUAGGAACUGGGGGAGGGGGCAGCUGUACAUACAUCCCAAGGACGGAAAUAUAAGUUUUCCCCCAUACUAUAUACAAAUAAUAGGGAAAAUAUGGCUAGUGACCGUUCCACAUACACAUAUACAGACACAAGGUUUUGCUUCCCACUUCAGAUAUCGUUCCUACAUGCUUGGCAUGUUACACAAUACAUGGAAACAACUAGAUUUAUCAAACCAAGGGAUACACUGGGGGAAAAAUUGGGGUCUGUAUUUUUUUUCUACAUGUAGGGUUUGUUUUAAAAAGUGACUGUCUGGUUCACCAUUGAUAUAGUUCAAACAUCAAGCAUCAUGUGAACACUGCUCUUAAACUUUGACAGAUAUUGAAGAAACAACAUUUUUUAUGGACAUUUUUAAAUAGGGCCUAGCUGACAUUGAUCUGUGCAAAUCCAAAACAAAUAUGCUAGGAGGUUAGAUAUAUGCUUCGCAUCCCCCUCCCCUUCCUGCUAUGUUUGACAAAUAAAGUCCAAGAAGUUGAAUAUUUUAAUUAAUAGCAGUUACACGCCUUUGAGUAAAGAGGAGUAAGUUUUGUAUCCUAUGAAUUAUUGCAUUUAAUGUGAAUAACCCCUUACUUGACUCUAAAGUUCUAAACAAAAAAUAAAAAUCUAUGAAUAGAUAUUUUUAUUUUAGGAUUGUCUGUUAUUUAUUUUACGUUCAUCGGCAUAUGAACAUGAACUGUUCACUGAUGAUGUAAUCUUUACAUUCAUUGAGAAAUGAACAAACUCCCAUUGCUGCGGCUGGACCACAGGAUGAUGUUAUAUUGUAAUGGAAAUUUAAUUAUUGUUAUUUAAAUUCAACAUAUUAUAAAGUUAUUUAUGUUCAGCUAAAAUAGUUCAGACAUUCUGAAACCAGCACGAUUAAUCUUUAAUAGUAUAUGUAUACAUCAAUGUAUAUUUUUCAGCCAAGCUAAGAUCUUCCCUUUAAAAACAACAACUGUAACAGCUAUGUCCAUCCCUCCAAAAACUUAAUUGUUCUGGGGGGUUUAUAUAAUAAAGCUGAAUUAUGGAAUUAUUUAACAUGUGCACAUACUUUAUCCACACUUGACCAAAGACUGUUUCUGUUGAUACCAGCAUUAUUAUGAAGAAAUGCAUAUGAUUGUUAUUUCCUAAUUGAUAAUGAUUUCUGUAUUUAUAUUUUGUAGCAUACAAACUGUACUUGACUAUGUUUAAUGUGUACUAGUAUGUAUGAAUUUAAUACGUUAAUACGUAUUAUUUAUGUUGUACUGUUUUAAAUUGUAAUGUGCACAUUUGUAAGGUUACGGAAAACAGCUUUUUAGUGAGCUACAAGGGAUACCAGCCUGUUUUUCAGGUUACGACAAUAUAACUAUCAAAACUGGGAUGCGAUUUUGGGAAAGCAGCACAUUUUCAGUCUUUAAUAUUCUUACCCACCAGCAUAAAACCUGGGGAAAAGACAACAAGAGAGCUGGGAGUGAGAGCUUAUAAGCCUCUUUUGCUAAUGUGGGAGGUGGUGUUGAUGAUGUCAUAUUGUUUUCUUAAUACAUACCUGUAUUUGUAGGUCUAACUUUUUGUGUGUUUUUUGGGGGGGAUGGGGGUGGUGCGAUGGUCAGGGUUUUUUUUUUAUUGGGGUGGGUGCAGACUAAACUGUAACUUUGAAUGCUGUUAUUUUCAUACAUCUAAGGUUUUGUAGGUUUUUAAUUAUAUUCUUUAAAACAAUUAUUAGAUGAGAAAGAAAAGUAGAUUGUGUUGAUUUUUUAUAUGAGCCUUAUCAGUAAAGUUACAGCAAAAAGUGCUUUAAACUGGUUGUGCCAUUCGAUACACGAGCUAUUCCAACCCCUGUAAUUGCCCAGAGCAAUCGGCAAUGCCAUGGAGUGUUUUAAUUCUCCACGGCACCUUUUUGCCUUGGACUAUAUUUUUUCAAUGGCAUGUUUUUUUGCCGUGGACAUUUUCUUAAUUGCAGGAGUUGGUAUUCUGUGUACACAUAAUGGCAAUGAGCUGUAGCUUUGUCAUAAUAAACAUGUAAUUUUGA